AUGAAAGAGAGUUCGUCAUUUCCUCUGCAUGAAAACAAUCCCGUUCACCCGACAAAGCAAACAGCUGUGAGCUGAAUGGUCUUGUGAAAAGCUUGCGAUGUCGUCUUCGAAAAGGCCGAGGCUGUGCACCGAAUACUACCGCAAAACCAAGGCGAGCUCUUCAAAUACACAGAGCAGCAGUGCGAGUAAGGAAUCUACUUUUUUUGGAACGUGAUCCAAAUUGAAACGGCCAUGUUUGCUUUUUGAGGAAGCGGUUUGUAACGGCAGAUUUGAAGGGCUUACAAGCUCCUGUUCUUUUGUUUUGCUUUAACAGGGAGAGGCAAACCGCGAAGGAAAUGUAACGCUCAAGAACAUUUGUUUCUGGAAAACGAUUGUGAAGCAGAAAAAACUAAGAUCGAAUGGAGAUCCCAGAAGUCAUUUGAUGUGAGUUGAUCGAUCGAUCGCUUUCUAAAUCGAGCGUCGGGCUUCUGCAUCUUUCACGCAAUUUUUAGUGGCUUUGUUGUUACAGGGCAGAAUGGCGUCGAAACUGUGGAUGGUAUUUUUUUUAAAAAAUAUCUUGUGAUCAAAGCUGAAAUCUGCGGCAUUUUGCUCUAAAUUUUUAUCCUUGGCCUUUAUAUUUUUAGUCAAGCCCAUCGCAUCUGACAAGAAAUCAAGCUAAAACAUGUCUGAGAUCACAGAGCUACGUGGGUAAGCGAACUAGAUCUUCCAACCAAUUCAACGCAAGGAUUCGGGAGCAGAUUCGACAGGAAGGUAUGGAAAACACAUGUUUUUAUCCUGCUAAAAACUAAAUUUCUCAAUAAAUUUCCGAUAUCAACCGUAUCAUAUUGUAAGCUGAAUUUCUUUGUUCAACUCUUUUAUUCGAAAUCUCUUUGUUGAAUAUGCCCCCACGUGCCUCUUUUAACUUCAAUUAUUGUCUGUCACGAAAGAGUUGAAUGGAGAAUUUUACAUUCAAAUACGUUCAGCGUUGGUUGAGAAACGUGGUUCUAUCAAUUAAAAUUAUUGCGUAAAGUGUUAAAAUUAUUUAAAUCUGAACAGAACAAUCCGUGACACCUCAGAGCCAACAAGGUAUGAAAUUGAUAAUAUAAAAUGUUUGCAAAAUGUCGAGACAUUUAAAAAACUAUCAGCUUUAAAAUCUACAAUUGUGGUGCCGCUGAAAGCAGGAUUUUAAUCUGCGUGGAUACUGUAGGUUAUCGAUCUUAAAGUGUCGGGAUAUUUUACUUCUUAAAUUAAAAGAUAGGAUGCAAAAUUUUCUUUACAGUUUUUUUUUAAGUUCUCUUCCAUGUCAUGUAUUGUGUAAUUUUCAUAGAUUCCACUUUAAAUGGUAGGGCAAAUAUAUCGUAGUCAACGUCCAAUAAAUAAGGUUUUGUUAUCUUGAGAAUCUAGUACUGUUAAAAUAUCAAAAUUGUUAUGAAAUUUGAAUGUCUGCCAAAAUUUUAUUUAUAUGUUUGAUCUUAGCUUCAAGUAUGAUCAACAUGUGAUAGGCAGAAAACAUGCCUGACUUGGAAAAAAAUAUAUUUUCCUUGUGAGCUGUGACACAGUUUUUAUUUUUCCUGUUCAUUUUAAAAUGGAUUGAACUCAACAUUGAGUAAUGUUGCCUUUGGCUUCUAAUAUCAAAUUAAAGCCAAUGAGAGGUUCAAAAUUAUUGAAAGAUGGAGAGCUUCUGGUCGAAUUAAAAUGCUCAGAUCCCAGGUUUGGAGGUGGGGUGGGGUCAGGUCGGUAUAAGGGUCAGCGUUGUCAUCUGUUUUUGGUAUGAAGCAAUAUAUUUAUUCAUGUCAUUAAGCUUGAGGACAUUUUAUUAUUUAUUUUUACUUUGCGGCUGACUGCAAUUGAAUCUCCUUCCAUUGUUUUUUUUUGGGGGGAGGAGGGGGUUGGGGGAGGGGAGGGUUAGAUGAAAAGGGCUCUCCUUCUCACCAGGCCCUUCAUUUUUUUUGUCAGCUAACAUUGUAUGACUAUCAGUAAAAAAUGUGAUAAUAUUCUUAAAGGCUUUUCUCAAUUAAUCGUUGUUAAAAUACACUAAAGCUUACUGACUCCCUGUUCUCUGUUUUAUCACGAUAUUUAACAGAGAAUUUAGAAUGCUAUAUUGAAGCAAUCCCAGAUGAAGUGUUGCUGUUGAUAUGCUCCUAUCUAAAAGAGAAGGAUUUGUGCAGAUUGGCGCAGACUUGUUCACGACUCAACACUUUAAGCCAGGAUGGAUGCUUAUGGUUUGUAGUGAAAACAUUGUAGCACCUAUUAUCAGUAAACUUAUUUUUUUAUGUAGCGUUCAGUCGCCCCUCAUUCUAAUAAUAUCUUUCCAGGAUAAAUUAAGUUAUUUUAAUGCUGACUUAUUAAAGUCCAUACAGUAAAUUCACUACUUCUUAGAACCAUCUGUCACAGUUGUGGCCCUUGUUUAAUCAACAAACCUUUGUUGUAGAUGCGGAAUUGGGCAGCUGUUUCUAGUGAGUAGUGAUUUAACCAGAUUAAAUCUCAAUAGCACUGGGCUAUGCUGGAGCACAGUCCUCAAUGACUGACUCUGACCAAGGGCUACCUUUAAAAUAAUCAACUUACUAAUGUUUUUACAAUGGCAGGUUGACUUUUUGUGUUUGACAAAGCUGAUUGGCCAGACAACCAAUGGCUUAUGACCCUCUCUGGUUUUAAAUGUUGUUGGUCUUCUAAUGUCGCUUUUUUUGUCUACAGGCGAUCCCUUUACAGUCAAGUAUUUGACAUGAGGAAGCCAUUAGUAAAGACAUUUGAAGGUUUUUACAUUGAACAAGAACCCAAAGAUGACUUAUGUUGGAAAAAAUGCCUUAGCUCUUUGUAUCGUGCUCAUCAUGUUCACCCGGCCCUAGCAAAACAGAAGAAACUAAAUCCUACAAGAUUUACAGGAAGGCAAAUCAAGGUACAUUAUGUGUAUGUCACGUUCAAUCAUGUGCACUAGAACAGGUGAAUGGACAUUGAAGCUAAAAAAAGUGAGCUAGUUGCAAGCUAUAGGGGCUUAAGAUUGUGAAAUUGAAAGUAGCUGAUUAGAAGUCACUCCAUAUUUACCCUAGAGGUUUUUUAAUUUGAAAAAGUUGGCCCAUUUUUUUAUCAAGUUGUAAUCUGCUCUUAUGCUAGCCACCAAGGCCCAGUAUUUGUUUGAAAGGUGGACUGCACUAUCCACAGGAUGAUGCAUUGGUUUCCCUAAUAUUUAUCCACUGGAUAGUGAUUUAUCUGCUGGAUAGCUUAUCCAAUGUUUGAACAACCGGGGCUAGAAGACAAACACUUAUGGUUGAGUUAUGGUUGUAGAGUAACUAAAAAAAAGAACUAAAUCAUUACUUCAGGGUUUUCUUUGAUUACAAUGAGUUUUAGGAUUUUAAAGUUAUGCCAAAAAGUUGUGACGUAACUCCUUAAAGGUGUUUUCAAGACACCUCUUGCAAGCCUACACCCAUGCUCAGUCUCAAGGGUGUCCUUUUGAGGAGGUCAGGCUGUAAUUUUGAGCUCUUUCUUCCUUCAGUAUCAUGAAACCAUUAAUGAAGCUCUGGAAGCAGUCCCUUAUGAUGGAGUCAUUAUAGUACAUCAGGGUGUGUAUGAUGAGCAUCUAUCAAUCAACAAGCCUGUCGCCAUUAUUGGAGCAAGUAUGUGGAGUAGUUUUUUGAGUAUUAUUAUUCUCUUUUGGAGUCAUUUCAGUUCAGAUUCUUUGAUUAAAGUUUAUUUAGUGCUUAGCCUAAAAAAAAACAGCUGAUAGUUUGCGACGUCACCACUGGUUUUCCUGUGAACUGACAGCUGAUGAACAAGCGCAAAAUUUCCAUACUGAUGGUGUGUUACUACCCAGAUCAGGGUAGUGCUUCUGAUUAGUUGUGCAGCAAGGGAAAUUUGCUUCAUCCAAUCAGAAGCUCUGCCCAGAUCUGGGUAGUGACUCAUCAUCAGACAACAGACAGAAUACUCACUCUCCGCCAGAAUUUCUGGACUCCUUCCUCAGACUUCUUUUUGCAGCGAAACCAGUGUUCAUGUCACAAAAUGUUGGCUGUUUUCUCAGGCUUAAUAGUACAGAGUUAGAAGUUUUUAAAUAAUUUGUAUUUUCUUUAUCAUGACAGUUGGAAGUGAUGAAGUGGUCAUUCAGAGCAGUUCUUCAACAGUUGUCAGUUUCACUUCAGGAUCUUCGUGCGCCUUCUUGGGGCAUCUCACCUUAAAGGUUUGUAUCAUUAACUUUAAGUAAAGUUUCUAUUAACAGUUGCUAUUAUAAUAUUCUAUAAUAUUAUGACUGAGGCCCUGAAUACGUAAUUUUUUAAUUGAUUUUAAUUUGUUGUAAUUUAUUUACUCACCGAACACUUGGGAGUUCUUGAGAAUUCAUUGUAACUGUUCCAUGCAUUCGAGAUCGAAUUGGAAUUUGGAAGUGUUAGUUUUUAAGGAGAGGGGAAAACCGAAGUACCCGGGGAAAAACUUCUCAGAGUAUGGGAGAGAACCAACAACAAAUGUGUGACGCAUUGUUCUGUUACUAACCGAACUACUUCCUCUACAUGUUUACUUUUAUCAGAACUGUCCUUCCAGUGAAUCACAGCCAAUCAGAUUAGGUUGUGUAGAGGUUGUAGAUGAAUGCUCCCCAACAGUCUACAACUGCAGGCUUACCAGUCUUGCUGAUGGUAAGAAUUGAAUGGUUUCAGAAUUUAUGGUAAUUAUAUUUCAAGUUUAUUGCCCUAGUGAUUCUUUUGUAUGGGGUAAUAAGCAACAGCGCAGGAAAUGCCAUAUAAUAUUAAGGUUACUACAUUAUAACACUUCAGGAUUUGAUGAUGCACAGACUCAAAUUUAAAGUCAGAAACAUCUUACACAAAACAAACUGCACCACAGGAAAAUGCUGUUCAUUAGUUUAUUUUGUGAUUUGAUUUAGGAAGUGAUCCACAGACUCCAAAGCUAAAAUCACCUUCUACAGCGUAAUAAACAGUACCAGGGGAAAGUACUGCUCAGUAGCUUUCAUUUGAAUGGUCACACUACAGACUCAAAAGCUAGAAACACUUUGUACAGCAUAAUAAACACAACCACAGGAAAGUACUGCUCAGUAGCUUUCAGUUGAAUGGACAGACUCAAAACUUAGAACCCCAGGGUUGUCACUAAGAUUUCAAGUUGCCAGGUAAAUACAACAAGUUGGGGGAAAUCAAACAGCUAGGGAUUUCUUUCAGUUUUGCUUCUACUUUUCUUCUAUUUUCCUUUGAAAGUAUCCGGCGGAAAUCCCCAGUCCCUGCCUCUUAAUGACAGCCCUCGAACCCCACUAAUUUAAAAAUGUGUUUAAAUUGUUACUGGUGAUGUUUUGUUAUAUUUCUUGUAGCCGGUGCAACAGUCUAUGUUCACGGUAGAGGUGCAAGACCCACCCUGUCACAGUGUGUUAUAUCUGAUUCUGAAAAUGUUGGGAUCUUUGUCACGGAUGGAGCCCAGGUAGGAAAUACAUGUACCGUAAUGUUUAAACCAUCUAAUUUUGAUAUGCCUGAUGUUAAGUUUUUUAAAAUACGAAAACGUCACUUAAAAAGUGAAUUCGCCCUGCUUCAAGCUUUAUCGCGCUUAUUCCAUCUCGUUCAAUUUAUCAAAUGUUGGCAAUUUUCUCUGGAGUUGAAUGCUAAAGGACUGUAUCAAAGUUCAGGAACAGAAAAAGAAAGUCGUUGUCUUGUGUUAACGUCCUCCACAAAACGUGAAGUCAGGCAAUUUUACGUCACGUCGUAGUCUUGCAUUGACUAUAGGGACUUUAAGAUCCAACGACGGGGACGGCGACGAAAACGUCAUAAAAACAAUAGUUUUAUAACCAAAAAAACAACUUUGCACGUGCAUCACGCUCGUUUGUACAUUUCUUUACCCGAUUUUGAUAAAGUAAGUGGGUAGGAAUAAUUGCGAUAAAGACCGAAAGAAAGCAAAUUCACUUUUUAAGCGAUAUUCUCUUUGCCGUCGCGUCGUUGAAUCUUAAAGUCCCUUAUGAAAUAAUACAAAAACGCGUGAUGCACGUGCAAAGUUGUUGUUUUGUUAAUAUAAAUCUAUUGCUUUUUUUCCGUUCCUGUUGCCGUCGCUAACUCCCUUGUUAAUUAAAAGACAGGAGCUGCCAACAGAUCUGCAGGUCAACUAACUGUGUGAUUUACUUACAGGGAACGUAUGAAGACUGUGAAAUAACAAACAUGAAGCUUGCUGGUGUCUGGGUGCGUAAUCAUGCUAGCCCUGUCAUGCGAAGAAAUAAAGUGCAUCAUGGACGAGAUGUCGGCUUCUUUAUCUUUGAUUAUGGACUGGUAAGUGAAUUUACACAUUGCUUUUAAAAGUUCUUUGUGUGUUCUGCUCAUUAUCCAGGAGUCAGUUUCAUUUAAUCUAUUGUGGCAGGAUUCCAUUACUGAAAUUCAGAACUUUGAUUUACCACUGUUAUUUUCCAACGGUAGCUUCAUUACGGACACAGUGUCAAGGUAAGGAUCCGUGUCUGAGCCGAAAAGGUCAGCAAGUGCAACAAUCAAAGCAUCUGCAAUCUGGUAUAUUUGCGAGCUGUUUCGCAAAGACAAAUUUUCUUGUCUAGAAAGUGAAUUUUUUAAGCUCCCUAUUAAAAUAGGGAGCUUAAGCAACGGCGACGGCAACGAGAACGGCGAAAAACAAAAGAACAAAUUUGCACGUGCAUCAUGCUUUUGUCAAUGUUGCUCGACUACAACGUGACAUUUCAUAGUCAUGCUCACGUUUUAUGGCGGGCGUGGACACGAGACAGCAAUUUUCUCUUUUUUUUCCCUGAACUUAGUUACAGUCCUUUAGAAUUCAACUCCAGAAAAAUUCCUCAACACUUGACAAAUUAAAUGAAAUAGAAUAAGAGUGCUAAAGUUUGGAACCGUCCGAAUUCAAUUUUCAGGUGACGUUUUCGCUGCCUUUGCGUUCGCGGUCGCUUAAGCUCCCUAAUGUUACCCGGUCUGAAAUCCGACAAAGUAUCUGCGUUUUUCUCAUAGGGUUAUUACGAAGGUAAUGAUGUACACAAUAAUCGUAUCGCUGGUUUUGAGAUUCGUUCAGGAGCAAAUCCCACAGUGGUUGGUUGCCGGAUCCACCAUGGUAUGACUGGCGGGAUCUACUGCCAUGAUGACGUAAGUACAUGGUCGUCGCCGAGCGUGUGGUGGCCGUUGAGGGUCCCCAACAGGUUUUUUCGUGAUCCUGGAUUUCUGUUAUUUGGAGAUCGGGAUUCGGGAUUUUUAAGCAAAAUGGGGAUCAGAUUCGGGAUGCGGGAUGCGGGAUGCCGAAAAUAACCAUCGAGAUUACAGGAUUGAGCGAAAAUUUGGUUCGGGAUGACGGGAUUAAAGAGUCCUAUUGAGGACCCUCGCUGUUGUUGUUUUUGCAAUGCUUUGCUCUAUAACGGUUUUCGUGCCUACACGAAAACUAUAUCAGACAUGGCUUCUGGUCACCCAUAAAAACGAUGAUUUCGGCGCCAUUUCUGUAACGGAACGAAGCUGCGCCGCGUCGAUCUUGAAAGUGGAUCGUCACAUAUCGGACAGGUUCGGUGCCACUCUUCGUCUUCUUAAGUCUGCAGAACAACGAUAAUUUUCAUUCGGUGACCUUGAAUACGCGCAGUCUUAAACUGAAGCUAGUGUUAAACGAGGGGGCACGAUUAGACGAAGUCCCCACGUUGCGAAUGCGAGAAUUUGCGCAUUCGGCUUGUAUUGUGCCAUACAAGCAGGUUGUUAUAGAGAAAAGAAAAUAAACCUGCAGUUUUUGAAGGCCAGUGAUCUUUGGUUUAGAAUUAUUUUGUCUUUUGCAGGCUCGUGGAGAAUUUCUUGAAAACAAAAUUUAUUCCAACACGUACGCUGGUGUCUGGAUCACGUCACAAAGCAACCCAACUAUCAAGUAAGAAACCCUCGGUGUUGUUAGUUUGUUUUCUGUCCGAUCAUUUAAAACAUAAAACGAAGGUUCACUCUCGUCUUUUCUUGUUUUAGAAACAACGAGAUUUAUGACGGACAUCAAGGAGGUGAGAAAUUGUGUCUUGUCUAUAGAUCGCUUCUUAAAUUAGUCUAAGAAAUAUUUUUUUUGUUUAGAUUAUCGUUGCUUUGUUAUUGGGUAUGGAAAUAUCGCGCCCUUUUCUCAACCAAUUUUGGAAAAUAAAGAGUGGUUUUCUCGCAAACAGCAGUGGCGGAUCCAGACCUUCAGAUAAGGGGGGACAGGGUCAUCCAGACCCUGAGAUAAGGGGGGGGGGGGGGGGGGAUUAGUAAAGACAUUUGAAGGUUUUUACAUUGAACAAGAACCCAAAGAUGACUUAUGUUGGAAAAAAUGCCUUAGCUCUUUGUAUCGUGCUCAUCAUGUUCACCCGGCCCUAGCAAAACAGAAGAAGCUAAAUCCUACAAGAUUUACGGGAAGGCAAAUCAAGGUACAUUAUGUGUAUGUCACUUUCAAUCAUGUGCACUAGAACAGGUGAAUGGACAUUGAAGCUAAGAAAAGUGAGCUAGUUGCAAGCUAUAGGAGCUUAAGAUUGUGGUAUUGAAAGUAGCUGAUUAGAAGUCACUCCAUAUUUACCCUAGAGGUUUUUUAAUUUGAAAAAGUUGACCCAUUUUUUAUCAAGUUGCAAUCUGCUCUCAUGCUAGCCACCAAGGCCCGGUUGUAAUUUGAAAGCCUGAUCACACUAUCCACAGGAUGAUGCAAUUGGUUUCCCUAAUACUUAUCCACUAGUUCGUGAUUUAUGUGCUGUAUAGUUUAUCCAAUGUUUGAACAACCCGGGCUAGACGACAAGCACCUAUGGUUAAGUUAUGGUUGUAGAGUAAUAAGAAAUACAACUAAAUCGUUAAUUCAGGGUUUUCUUUGAUUACAAUGAGUUUUUAGGGUUUUAAAGUAAUGCCAAAAAGUUUUGACAUAACUGCUUAAAGGUGUUUUCAAGACACCUCUUGCAAGCCUACACCCAUGCUCAGUCUCAAGGGUGUCCUUUUGAGGAGGUCAGGCUGUAAUUUUGAGAUCUUUCUUCCUUCAGUAUCAUGAAACCAUUAAUGAAGCUCUGGAAGCAGUCCCUUAUGAUGGAGUCAUUAUAGUACAUCGGGGUGUGUAUGAUGAGCAUCUAUCAAUCAACAAGCCUGUCGCCAUUAUUGGAGCAAGUAUGUGGAGUAGUUUUUUGAGUAUUUUUAUUCUCUUUUGGAGCCAUUUAAGGUUCAGGUUCUUUAAUUAAAGUUUAUGUAGUGCUUAGCCUAAACAACAGCUGAAAGUUUGCGAUGUCACCACUGGUUUCCCUGCAAAAUGACAGCUGGUGAACAAGCGCAAAAAAUUUCAUACUGAUGGUGUGUUAUUACCCAGAUCUGGUUAGUGCUUCUGAUUAGUUGUGCAGCAAGAGAAAUUUGCUUCAUCCAAUCAGAAGCUCUGCCCAGAUCUGGAUAGUGACUCAUCAUCAGUAUGGAAUUUCUGCACACCAUCCUCAGACUUCUUUUUGUGGGGAAACCAGUGGUCACGUCACAAAAUGUUGGCUGUUUUCUCAGGCUUAAUAGUACAGAGUUAGAAGUGUUUUAUUGUAUUUUCUUUUUCAUGACAGUUGGUAGUGAUGAAGUGGUUAUUCAGAGCAGUUCUUCAACAGUCGUCAGUUUCACUUCAGGAUCUGCAUGCGCCUUCUUGGGACAUCUCACUUUAAAGGUUUGUAUCAUAAACUUUAAGCAAAGUUUCUAUUAACAAUUGCUAUUAUAAUAUUCUAUAAUAUUAUGACUGAGGCCCUGAAUAUGUAAUUUUUUAAUUGAUUUUAAUUUGUUAUAAUUUGUUUACCCAAGGAGCACUUAGUAGUGCUUAAGAACUCGUUGAGAUGUGUCCGUGCAUUCCAGAUUGAAUUGGAAUUUGGAAGUGUUGGUUUUUGAGGAGAGGGGAAAACUGGGGCAGAGAACCAACAACAAACGUGUGACAUAUUGUUCUGUUACUAACCAGUCUACUUCGUUUACAUGUUUACUUUUAUCAGAACUGUCCUUCCAGUGAAUCACAGCCAAUCAGAUUAGGUUGUGUAGAGGUUGUAGAUGAAUGCUCUCCAACAGUCUACAACUGCAAGCUUACCAGUCUUGCUGAUGGUAAGAAUUGAUUGCUUUAGUGAUUCUUUUGUCACGGUUAAUAAGCAACAGCACAGGAAAUGCCAUAUUAAGGUUACUACAUUAUAACACUUCAGGAUUUGAUGAUACACAGACUCAAAAUUAAAGUCAGAAACAUCUCACACAGAGCAAACUGGACCACCGGAAAAUGCUGCUCAUUAGCUUUUAUUUAUGAUUUGAUUGCGGAGUGAUUCACAGACUUAAAAGUUAGAACCACCUUGAUAUCGUAUUAUUUGUCAUGGUGUCCUUUCAUGACGAGUCAUCGAAAGUAAACUUACCAGUGUGAAAUCCUAAAGUAGGUGUCUGAGUUUUCAAUCUUGGUGGUUGUACAACAUAAUAAACAGUACCACAGGAAAGUACUGCUCAGUAGCUUUCAUUUGAAUAGUCACACUUAAGGAUUUCAUCCACAGACUCAAAAGUUAGAACCACCUUGUACAGCAUAAUAAACAGUACCACAGGAAAGUACUGCUCAGUAGCUUUCAUUUGAAUGGUCACGCAAUCUGCCACAGACUCAAAACUUAGAACCCCACUAUUUUAAAAAUGAAAUUUAAGGAUCACUGGUGAUGUUUUGUUUUAUUUCUUGUAGCUGGUGCAACAGUCUAUGUUCACGGUAGAGGCGCAAGACCCACCCUGUCACAGUGUGUUAUAUCUGAUUCUGAAAAUGUUGGGAUCUUUGUCACGGAUGGAGCCCAGGUAGGAAAUACAUGUACCGUAAUGUUUAAACCAUCUAAUCUUGAUAUGACUAAUGUUAAUUUUUUUUAAUGGGCGGUAGGUUAGUACAUUACGUAACAGGGCUUAGGCCUCUGAUGGUUUGAGAUUGUUACUUACCCAUUGUGUGAGUAGCCUGUGAAAACAGCCGUUUCUCCUUGCUCCUCGCCGUUUGGGACGUUUCGCCUGGAGAGACGUCUGCGCCUGAGCGAAAGAAAUCUAUCGUGAUUAUUCCAACUUGCUUACUUUGUCAAAUGCAAGCGAAAUCCUCUGGAGCUGAAUUCUUGAGAUCAAUUCCAAGUUCAGAUUGGUUGUUGUUUUGCCUAUACAACCUACUGCUAUUUUUAUGUUCUCUUUGCCGUCGCCCUCGUGGCAUUUUUAGGGAGCUUAAGCAACAACAAAGGUGACGGCUACAAAAACGUCACUUAAAAAGUGAAUUCGCGCUGCCUCAAACUUUAUCGCGCUUAUUUCAUCUCGUUCAGUUUAUCAAAUGUUGGCAAUUUUCUCUGGAGUUGGAUUCUGAAAGACUGUAUCGAAGUUCAGGAAAAGAAAAAGAAUGUCGUUGUCUCGUGUUCACGUCCUCUAUAAAACGUGAAAUGCAGUGACGGCUAAGAAAUAAUACAAAAAAGCGUGAUGCACGUGCGGAGUUGUUGUUUUGCUAACAUAAAUCUAUUGCUUUUUUGCCGUUCUCGUUGCCGUCGCCGUCGACGUUGCUUAAGCUCCCUUUUAAUUCCCUUGUUAAUUAGAAGACAGUAGGCUAGCUGCCAACAGAUCUGCAGGUCAACUAAAUGUGUGAUUUACUUACAGGGAACGUAUGAAGACUGUGAAAUAACAAACAUGAAGCUUGCUGGAGUCUGGGUGCGUAAUCAUGCUAGCCCUGUCAUGCGAAGAAAUAAAGUGCAUCAUGGACGAGAUGUCGGCUUCUUUAUCUUUGAUUAUGGACUGGUUAGUGAAUUUGGACACUGCUUUUAAAGUUCUUCGUGUUUUCUGCUCAUUUUUAUGUAAUCUAUUGUGGCAGGAUGCCAUUACUGAAAUUCAAAACUUCAAUUUACCACUGUAAUUUUCCAACGGUAGCUUCAUUUCGGACACAGUGUCAAGGUAAGGCGAUGAUCCGUGGCUGAGCUGAAAAGGUCAGCAAAUGCCGCAUUCACAGCAUCAGCAAUUUGGUAUAUUUGAGAGCUGUUUCGCAAAGAUAAAUUUUCUUGUCUAGAAAUUGAAUUUAAUAGGGAGUUUAAGCAACGGCGACAGCAACAAGAACGGCGAAAAAACAAAACAGCAAAUUUGCACGUGCAUCAUGCUUUUGUCAAUGUUGCUCGACUACAACGUGAAAUUUCAUAGUAAUGCUCACGUUUUAUGACGGACGUGGACACGAGACAUCAAUUUUCUCUUUUUUUCCUGAACUUAGGUACAGUCCUUUAGAAUUCAACUCCAGAAAAAUUCCUCAACACUUGACAAAUUGAAUUAAACAGAAUAAGAGUGCUAAAGUUUGGAACCACCCGAAUUUAAUUUUCAAGUGACGUUUUCGCUGCCUUUGCCUUAGCGGUCGCUUAAGCUCCCUAAUGUUACCCGGUCAUGAAAUCCGACAAAGUAUCUGCGUUUUUCUCAUAGGGUUAUUACGAAGGUAAUGAUGUACACAAUAAUCGUAUCGCUGGUUUUGAGAUUCGUUCAGGAGCAAAUCCCACGGUGGUUGGUUGCCGGAUCCACCAUGGUAUGACUGGCGGGAUCUACUGCCAUGAUGACGUAAGUACAUGGUCGUCAGCCGAGCGUGCAGUGCCUGUUGAGGGUCCCUAGAAGGUUUUUUCGGGAUCCGGGAUUUCCGUUAUUUGAAGUUCGGGAUUCGGGAUUUUUAAGCAAAAUGGAGGUGAGAUUCGGGAUUGAUCGCGUUCACGGGAUGCGGGAUGCCGAAAAUAACCAUCAGGAUUACGGGAUUGAGCGAAAGUUUGGUUCGGGAUGACGGGAUUAAAGAGUCCUAUUGAGGACCCUCGCUGAUGUUGUUUUUGCAAUGCUUUGCAAAAUUUUGGUUUUCUGUGGCCAUUUUCUUGCUACAACGUAUGGCUUUCGCGCCGACACGAAAACUCUAUCAGACAUGGCACCUGGUCACCCAUAAAACGGUGAUUUCUGCGCGAUUUCUGUAACGGAACAAAGCUGCGCCGCGUCGAUCUUGAAAGUGGAUCGUCACAUAUCGGACAGGUUCGGUGCCACUCUUCGUCUUCUUAAGUCUGCAAAACAACGAUAAUUUUCAUUCGCUGACUUUGAAUACGCGCAGUCUUAAACUGAAGCUAGUGUUAAACGAGGGGGUACGAUUAGGCGAAGCCCCACGUUGCGAAUGCGAGAAUUUGGGCUUUCGGCUUUUAUUGUGCUAUACAAGCAGGUUUUUAUAAAGAAAAGAAAAUAAACUCGCAGUUUUUGAAGACCAGUGAUCUUUGGCUUAGAAUUAUUUUGUCUUUUGCAGGCUCGUGGAGAAUUUCUCGAAAACAAAAUUUAUUCCAAUACGUACGCUGGUGUCUGGAUCACGUCACAAAGCAACCCAACUAUCAAGUAAGAAACGCUCGGUUUAAGUAGUUUGUUGUCUGUCCGAUCAUUUAAAACAUAAAACGGAAGGUUCACUCUCGUCUUUUCUUGUUUUAGAAACAACGAGAUUUAUGACGGACAUCAAGGAGGUGAGUAAUUUUGUCUUGUCUAUAGAUCGCUGCUUAAAUUAGUCUAAGAAACAUUUUCUUUUUGUUUAGAUCAUCGUUUCUUUGUUAUUGGGUAUGAAAAUAUUGCGCCCUUUUAUCAACCAGUUUUGGAAAACAAAGAGUGGUUUUCUCGCAAACAGCAGUGGCGGAUCCAGACCUUCAGAUAAGGGGGGACCCGGUCAUCCAGAUCCCGAGAUAAGAUGGGGAGGGUCUUAAAAAAACUUUUCUCGGCUCUUCGGGCCUCAGUUUGGUCCAAAAAUAGGAGGGGAACACCCGGGCCCCUCCCCCCCUGGAUCCGCCACUGAACGGUGCCAGGGAUUCAUUGUAAACGAGUAAUUAUUUUGUUUUAUUUCUAUUAGGUGUUUAUGUAUUUGGCGAAGGAAGAGGACUGAUUGAAGGAAACAAUAUUCACGGUUAGUAAAAAUAAGUUAGACUCGUCAUUUAUUUCCACAUAGUUACAGUACAUAUAAGUAUUUCCAUAAUCGUACGAUUAGAAGGGUACUCUGUUCGCUUGAAAACCGUGCUAGGUGCUUUUCUGUAGUUUUGGGCGGGGUACAAAUCUUAUUUCCCCCAAAGUUAUAGCGGCCAAUCGUAUCUCGAAGUAAAACUACAUGUGGUAUGCUUGAACCGAGGGAAGCGCGUGCGAAAAAGUCAAAAUUGCAUGGUGUUUACUGUCAAUUGUGAAAGUUACACUUCCUUUCUAAGUUCGUAACUUAAUUCAGCAUUUUGCCCAGCCGGUUGAACACAAUUUCUAGCUACUUUUCUGAGAGCUCGCUUGCCUGAGGAACACACCUUGUAUCAAGCUUAUCGCCACGGAUGGCGCGAAUUUUAGUUAAGUGUGGAAACUCUGUGAAAAGCAAUGCACCUAUCAAUGUAAACCCCGUGUGUGUGUGUGUGUGGGGGGGACCCCCCCCCCCCCCCCCCCCCUGCCCCCACGGGAUUUACAUUGAUAGGUGCAUUAAUUUCGUCACUGCUUUAGUUUGUCCUCGCUUCGCUUUGUGAUUGGCCGCGAAAUUUCGCGCCAUUUUCUCGACCAAUCAGAAGGAAACCAAAAUCCACUGUGGCCUGUCAGCAGGCGUUUUCCCGCGCUUGGCGCUCGCGAGAUGUUUUUAAAUUUUCUGGAGUUUGAUUGGCUUAGUUGAUUGUUUACCUUUGCUUCGAUUGGUCAGAAUAAAUUCGCUUUGGUUUUGAUUUUAUGACGGUGAAAACCACUGAAAAGUUUCACUUUGUUUCAGACAAUGCACUUGCUGGGAUUCAGAUCAGAACGAAAAGUAACCCCAUCGUCCGUUGCAAUAGAAUACACAGCGGACUGCACGGUGGAAUCUACGUGGUAAGUAGAGUUUAUUUGCGUUUCUUGUUUGGUUUUCUUAGAGGGAUAACUUCCCGUCCCUUCCCAACCCCUCCCUACUGCGAUGUCUUCCCAUCCCUAUGAUAUAUGAAUAUCGCCUGCAGUUUUCGUCAACUACUUAGCGACAACACUCUGUUCUAUAAACAAUUUUCUGUUAAUUGUUAUGUUUUUCCUUACUUUUCUCAGCACGAGGAUGGUAUGGGGCUUAUAGAGGACAACGAAAUUAACAACAAUACUCUCGCGGGUGUCUGGAUCACUACAGGUAUAAGGCGACAUGAGAGAAUGUCCAUAUAGCUUAGAGGCUAGAAGAUCGACUCGGUUAUUGUAUAUGGGUUCAUGAUCAUUUCCUGUCAAGAACUACUCGUUUAGUAGUACUGAGUUUUUUGUCGCUUGCUUGCGAUUAGCGAGUUAGCGGGGAAUUCGAGUUAUCGUGGUAAAUUUCAGUGAAAUUUUAAUCAAGGGAAAGGAUAUUUAGUUCGAGUUAGCGGGGAAUUCGAGUUAUCUGAGUUCGAGUUCUCGAGGUUCUACUAUAGUAUCAAAGAAGAAAAUGGAUAGGUCUGUAGAGGAUAAGUUAGUGCAGUAAUGUCUCCGUUGGUAAAUAAUCGGAUGAGCUUUUUGGCGACCUGACGUGGUUGUACGGUAUAUCGUUUGGUGUCCUCGGAAAUCCAGGUUUAGAGCUGGUGGAGACAAAAAUAUACGGACACUUUUGGAUUAAUAAUGGAAGAAUUCAGAUCUGAAAAUACCAGUAGGUCAUUUGACAGUGUCCGACGAAAUUAUUUUUUUUUGUUUGACGAAAUCCUACCUAUGGUCUGACAUGAUGAUCGGACAUUGAGUUAUAGGGCGCUUUCCAUUCAACAAUAAUUCCGGUUUGAAAUUUCGGUAAUUCCACGUGCCCAGUGGAACGGUACAUUCCUGUUGCACAGACUCGACCCAAGCCACUGCGCGUUUGGUUAUAAUAUUGUUUUUGUAAGCAGGAUACAGAAGAGCGGUACUGGGGACAACAAUUUCGUCAAAUGAAAAGGGACAUUUCGGUCCGAGCGACCGAAAUAGAGUACCGGUCAAAGUGGGCCACCUUCAAAGGUAUUCCGGUCGGACCGAACCGAAAUGGUCUGUUCCAAUUGAUGUCCAAUCGAAAUUUCCGGAAUUUUGGGCUGAAUGGAAAGCGCCCAAAAUAUGCUUAAGAUUAUCAUUUUGAAGCUGAAGAAUUCUUUUGUUUAAGAACGCGGAGAAGGUUAUGGAAUAAUGCGUUUUUGUUGUUGUUGCGCAGGAAGUACUCCAACACUAAGACAUAACAGAAUACACAGUGGAAAACAGGUAGGUAUGGUUAUUUAAGCGUAGGAUAACUGAACCGCAGAUUAAGAAAAUUUAAUGGCCUUUGCGAAUUGUGGCUAAGUUAAAACUUUAGGUUGGCCGCAAACUGUUCCGUGACGGUAGAGUAUCUUUACCCUAUUUAAAUAAAUUUAAGUCUUCAUACGCUGCUAACUGUCGUAAUAACGCACACGAAGAGUUUUUUACUCCAUAAGCAAGUAAUCCGAUUUCCUAUGGUGUUAGAUUACAUUCCAUAAUAAUAUUUUAGACUUAAGGGCCAUGUUUACCCAAACUGCUUUGCACGAUACCCUGAUUUGCGCGUAGGCUGAAAGUCUGCAAAAGGCUUUUCAAGCAAUUUAUUAUCAAAACGAAUCAUCUACUUCAUCUCGCUUAGUUUCGACAGUUAUCGUGGAUUUCGCGUCGCGAUGGUUCACGUGACAUGUAGUUUUAUUUUCAUACUAUAUUUCAAUAUUUCAAGACACGCAAAGUAGUUUGAGUGAUCAUGGGCUCAAAAAUCUUGAGCUGAAAUUCACUAAAAAUAAACAAACUAAACAACUAAAACAUAAAUUUUCAACUGUCUUUACCUUUUUAGUAAAUGCCCAAAUUAACUUGCACGCUCUUUUAUAAGUUUCUUUUUAUAGUCAAGCACGUAACCCAGUUCAUCUACACCCUUACUAAAUUGACUACAUUGAAAGAGCAUCCAGCACACGAACGACAGACAAUAUUUUUUUUGUUUGUUUGUAAAAUGAAUACGAACUCAUCGACUAAAUGAGCUCCCAGUUGUGUACCAUACACAGCAUAGUUAUGAAAGCUGGCAAGAAUCUUUGUCGAAAAGAAAGUUGUUGCCGUUUAUUUUGGGAGUUUCUUGAACGGAUAUGAAGAUACCUAAUUAUUAUAUGUUUUGUUAGUAUCCUUCUUGCCUCGUUAGGUGGUUAAUAACACAUUCGAUCUAGUCCCUCCUCGCUUUUUUUUGGUUUGAAGGGUAUAACAGUACUGUAUUUUUACUAAAUGUUUCCUCUAACCAACAUCGUUCCGCUUCAACUACAAAGAACAUUCAAAAUUAAACAUGAGCGCAAUAAAACCGAACCUUUCCCCUUACAACUGGUUCUUAUCACUCAUACAAAAAGUUUAAAAUGGCACAAGCAAAAUCCUAGUUCUAGGAUAACACAACGACCGUUUUAUUUUUCAGAAAAAAAGACGCAGUAGGACUGGGGACGAACAACUGCACUUGAGGUUAACGCACAAACUUAAAUCUGGUCUAAAGCGGUUUAACGAGUUAAUGCUAAACUUAACGUUAAUAUUUUUGUUGUAAUAUUGAAAAAUAACUUGCACAAAUGGUAACACCCUUUGUAUAAACAUCUUGCACGAAAGCCUUACAUAAAAAAUGUCCUUUUAAACUGUAAAAUAACGUCUAAUUUUCCUUUAAUGCAACUUGAUUCUAAAAAAGUUAAAUUGUGUUAUUCUUCGAACAAAGCUAAAUAUUAAAAUUUCUUUAAGAAACAAAACUGUUAAUGGUAAAAUGGUCAUAAAAGAAUUAGGUAAACAGUUAAUUAAGUUUAAAAACGACACUUUUUUUCUAUAUCUUUGCUUAAAUGGUAUACUGUUAAACGAGCGCGGUUUUGUUGGCUGAGAACAUUAUGGUAGAGUAUUACAAGAAAUACUUAAUGACUGGUCCCUAAGGAAACAGUUAAUUUUGUUUCCCGAGAAUCUCCCUGUUUCCGUUUCCCAAGACGGGGCCGAGGGAAACAUUGAGAUUCGAAGGAAACAAAAUUAACUGUUUCCCGAGGGACCAGUCUUUAAGUGAUUUGUUAUAUAGCUGGAAAUUUUGAAGCUGGAAAUUCAUUAAGCCUCGCUGUAUAAACGGCGGUCAUCGGUCAGCAGUGCACUGUUACCCUCUGACGUCACAGAAUUUUGCAAUGUUGCCCGCUCAGAGGUUUUGGCGGGAAACAGUUUCAUUGUUUGAUGUCAUGUGACCUCGAAGUAACCAAUGAGAACGCGCGCUGUUGGGAAAAAUUUCCAGCUAUAGAACAAUACAUUGUAAUAAUCGAUUAACGUUUUACAUCUUUGAGAUGCAAUAGCUCGGGAAUUCUUGUCAAAAGUUUAUAAAAAUGAUGUGCGAUUAUCGUUUCUCAGAACCAAAUUUCAAUUAAAUUAUUGGAAGGAAAACAGAAGAGUCCCUUCGAACCUCCACAAGCGGGUAACUUCCCUGAGCGGGCAUUAACUAAGUCAUUGUCCGUCAAGCGGUUUUCCUGUGAUUCCAAGGUUGUCCGCUUUUUGCAGUAGCUUCGACUGUAUUAUUUUUGGCGAUCUCGAAAAACACCAUGUCAGAAAUUGAAAAUGUUACCCUAACUUUUCAACACUCAAAGUAUUGAGCGUUUUUUUUAUCGUUUUCAGGUUGGAGUGUAUUUCUAUGAUGGCGGCUGCGGAGUUCUGGAGGAAAACGAAAUCUUCAAUCACAAGUACUCUGGCAUACAAAUAAGGUAACAGUGGUUUGCUAGUACCAAAGUGAAUCAUCAACCAAUGACGAUCAAACUAAUCGUGACACGCCCACUCUCGCUUUCCCAAGCUUGGCGCCAGCUACACACAUAAGCUUUACGUUCUGACUGGUUUGUUGGACUGUUUGUGUGAUGUGAUUGGCUUAAGUAAACAACGUUGACUUUGAUUGGCUAGUUAUUCACUUGAGUUUCCCGCGCUUUAUGCCAGCGGCGUGUUUUAGCGUUCGUUUUGAUUGGUCCAUCGUCUGCGUGCGCUGUCUGUGUAGUGAUUGGCCAAAGUUGGUUAUACGUCAUAUACGUGAAAAAAAAAAAAAUUCAAAAUAGGGCAGGAGUGCCUCCUUUUAGAACAACCGUGUAUUUUAACAAAGAAAGUUAAAGCUAUUCUCUUUCCUUGUUUCAGGUCUGGCAGCAAUCCCUGCAUAAGAAGGAACAAAAUCUGGGGAGGACAGAAUGGCGGAGUGUUGGUCUAUAACGGAGGUAAUACAUUGGUUUCUUAUGAAAAAGAACCAGUAUGUGGAUGAGCUACCUCUAAUUUACAACUGACAAAAAACCGAACUAACGGUUACGUUGUUUACACUUGGUGAUUUGACUAGCCGUAUUUUAAGUUCUUAGUUCUUUCUAUGGUACAAACUUGCUGUUCCAUUACGAGGUUUUUUUCAGGAACGACACUUGGGGAAUUUCACAGUUGAAAACAACAUAUUUACCUUGGUGACUCAGCGAAGCACAGAAAAAUGUUUGGCCGUGAAUUAAGCCUUUUAUGUUGAGAUAAUUUGUUUAGGGGAACAGAGAAUGGGCACCAUUACUUGUAAAAAAAAACUUGCAAGUUGAGAAGUGUGUGUUCGUGUGAGUCAUGGCGUUUAUUGCUUAUUUCUAGGCCUUGGUUUGCUUGAAGAGAACGAGAUUUUUGACAAUGCAAUGGCGGGUGUUUGGAUCAAGACUGAGAGUGACCCAGUUCUCCGAAGGAACAAGAUCCAUCACGGCCGUGAAGGCGGUGUCUGCGUGUUCAACAGCGGAAAAGGUGAAUGCGAACCUGAUAAGUAUGUCUACAGUGGCCAAAUUGAAAAUGUCACGAAAAAUUCAAAUUUCUUCGAGUAAAAUCCUAAGAAAUUACCAGUACUGUGCAAAACUUCUGCUAAUGAAUGGUAACACCAUAGCAUUUUGACACAGAUUUAAAUCUUGUAGUGACGAAUAACCUCGAUAUAACUUAAUUUAGGAGUAUAAAGGUCAAAAAGUGCAGAAGUUGUGAGCGGGCUGCCUUGUUAAAGGUUGAGCUCCUCAGCUGUGAGUAUCGCGCGAAAACCUAUCACGAGAGCGAUUCUCGUGGUCAAAUGCUUCCUAGUAAUAUAAAGGGCUGAAAAAUCGAAAUGAACCCUUUUAAUUUUAACAGUGGAUAAAGUGAAAAAUACGCAAAAAAUCCAAAUUUCUCUUUGUAAAAUCCUAAGAGAUAAAAAGUAGUUUGCGAAAGGUGCGCCAAAGAGGUUUCGUUUGAAUGUAUGGCCAUAAAAGGAAUCAUGUGACAUGUAACUGACUUGGCACUUUAUUUGUUUCAGGUAUUUUGGAGAAUAACGACAUCUUUCGAAAUGCUCUCACGGGUAAGUACGCAUCCUUUUCCAUGUUAAUGUAAGCCAGAUAUGAUGUGCCCUCUGAUUGGAUGAAUUCUCUUUCGGAAAGAAUGUUUUGAGCAGAAUUUUUGUCCUAAAAGAAGCAGAAAUCAAAUUGGAUUACUCCAGGAGAGCGCAACUAUUUUGCUAUUUAUUUGUGUUUCGGAAUCUGUGUAUAUGAUUGGGAAAUACCAGACAUUUCUUCCAAUAUAUUGGACUAGUUAUUUAAACGUUGUUUAGCCAGUGUUUAACAAAACCGCGUUCCAAGCCAUUUUCAAUUUGCCCAACGGUUUUAUCUAAACACCAUUUAUUGUGAAACGUUUUAUGAAGGCAUAUAGAGUAGACCAGAAAAGCAUUUAUCUUCUUGAAAUAACCCACUAAGGAAGAGAUUUGGAGGAUAAAAGAUUGGUCAAACCGACUUGCUAUUGUUUUUAAUGAUAUCGUCCGCUGAUUCCUGUACUUUCCCCCCUGUAAAUAGGAGUUCUCAUCAGUACAGCCAGUUUUCCAGUGCUGAAAAGUAAUCGCAUAUUUGAUGGCGGUGCUGCAGGAAUUGAGAUUACAAACAGUGCAGGUAAGACACCUGUUUUACUACCUACUCCUCUCUCCGCCUUGUCUUUCACACCAGACUACGAGAUUACGAGAACGAGAUCUUCUCAAUCCAAAUAGUGAGAGGGGAAAACCGGAGUACCCGGAAAAAACCUCUCGGAGCAAUACAACAAGGGAGAGAACCAACAACAAACUCAACACCCACACAUGGUGUAGGUAAAUGAGCCUAUAAUAGGGGGAGUGGAGGGUGGGGAGCUUAUAAGCGGCAGUUAAUGGUAUUCGAUAAUUGUACGUUUGCCAAUGUCAUCAUAAAACAAAGCCGAAUUUUUCUUGAUCUUAGGUGGUGUUUUAGAAGAAAACGAAGUUUUCAACAAUCGAUUUGACGGGAUUUGUCUCGCUACCGGCGUUAAACCGCAGCUUAACAGUAAGUAUAAUCUGACCCACCAACCCCGGUUCCCGUCCAGUUUAUAGCUUUCACUGUGUCCUACUUACUUUCUCUUUCCCUCCCCUCCCUCAGAUAAUAAGGUACACAGCAAUAGACGGGAAGUGGAGAAAGCCAUCGAGUCUUGCCGCUGUCUGUUCCAGGUCUCUGGUAACACGUGCUACCCAAUGCACGACUUCUAUAGGUUAGUAAGGUGACACGUGACACGUGACACGUGACAAACGAUUUUUUGAGAACCAAUGAGGUUGCUAGGUGAAUGAGCAGUGAAAUCUAGGUGAUGCAACCACCCAAGGCCUAUAGAACUUAGGGCCCGGUUGUUCAAAAGUUGGAUAGCGCUAUCCAGUGGAUAAGGAUAAUUAGUAUAUACACACUCAGUGAUCUUGGUGAUUCAAGCAAUCUGAUUGGUUCGCUAUCUCAGACUAUUCAACAAUAUUCACCUCCUAGCGAGUGGAUAAUGUGUGAGCUCGGUGUUUUUCCCAUCUUUUUAGAGAACGAUCUUUUAAAAGUCGACAAAAUCCUAGGGCUGACUUCUUUUAAGGCAAGAAAAUACUUGGAAGGGUUCAAUACGGCGUUUUUCAAUUUACUGUAGCUGAGUUUUGUGCUCGAUGGAUUGUUUACAACUCCCGUGUAUUCGCGUAGAAGAAGCCGUUUCGUGAACUCAGCAUUUUCUAACAAGAAAAUUUUCGCUCAGAAAUCGAAGUUUAUUUAUGAAAAACAAAUUUAAAAGGAAAUGUUUGCAGAAAUUCUACGUUUCAAGUGAACAGGAAAAAGAAUGAUACAGGAAGACGAAGUCUUACCUCGAGCAACCGAGCCGCCAUUUUUGUGAGCACUUCAUGCGAAGAACGACACAACAAACCCUUUUGGCUAUAAACUUGGCGAGUCAACAGAAAANCUUCUUGAAAUAACCCACUAAGGAAGAGAUUUGGAGGAUAAAAGAUUGGUCAAACCGACUUGCUAUUGUUUCUAAUGAUAUCGUCCGCUGAUUCCUGUACUUUCCCCCCUGUAAAUAGGAGUUCUCAUCAGUACAGCCAGUUUUCCAGUGCUGAAAAGUAAUCGCAUAUUUGAUGGCGGUGCUGCAGGAAUUGAGAUUACAAACAGUGCAGGUAAGACACCUGUUUUACUACCUACUCCUCUCUCCGCCUUGUCUUUCACACCAGACUACGAGAUUACGAGAACGAGAUCUUCUCAAUCUAAAUAGUGAGAGGGGAAAACCGGAGUACCCGGAAAAAACCUCUCGGAGCAAUACAACAAGGGAGAGAACCAACAACAAACUCAACACCCACACAUGGUGUAGGUAAAUGAGCCUAUAACAGGGGGAGUGGAGGGUGGGGAGCUUAUAAGCGGCAGUUAAUGGUAUUCGAUAAUUGUACGUUUGCAAAUGUCAUCAUAAAACAAAGCCGAAUUUUUCUUGAUCUUAGGUGGUGUUUUAGAAGGAAACGAAGUUUUCAACAAUCGAUUUGACGGGAUUUGUCUCGCUACUGGCGUUAAACCGCAGCUUAACAGUAAGUAUAAUCUGACCCACCAACCCCGGUACCCGUCCAGUUUAUAGCUUUCACUGUGUCCUACUUACUUUCUCUUUCCCUCCCCUCCCUCAGAUAAUAAGGUACACAGUAAUAGACGGGAAGUGGAGAAAGCCAUCGAGUCUUGCCGCUGUCUGUUCCAGGUCUCUGGUAACACGUGCUACCCAAUGCACGACUUCUAUAGGUUAGUAAGGUGACACGUGACACGUGACAAACGAUUUUUUGAGAACCAAUGAGGUUGCUAGGUGAAUGAGCAGUGAAAUCUAGGUGAUGCAACCACCCAAGGCCCAUAGAACUUAGAGCCCGGUUGUUCAAAAGUUGGAUAGCGCUAUCCAGUGGAUGAGGAUAAGUAUUACUGAAAUCAAUAGGAUUUAAUGGAGCCGAAACCAAUUUUGGAAUUGCACGCAUUUUAGGCAUCCUACUGAUGAACAGUUGCGACACGUAGAUAUAUAUUUUUUAGCAACUAAGAUAAUUUGCAGUCUGUCUACUUUGAAUUGCGUUAUUCACUGUUUAGAGAUCUAUCGAGCGGAAAGCACUAUCCAUAGACCAAACGAACGUGGCCUUACGUUGAACUAGCCGACUAAAAGUCUUUUAUUGACAAAAUUACGACCACAUAACAAAGAAAGUUGACGCCUUCCCGAGGCUAUAAAUCACCCUUAACGAGUGUUGAGGAACACUUCAAAAAAGACGAGCCGAGGACCUUGAUUACCGGAUGCAAUCCAUUUUUAUCGUCACCAUUUUAGCCAUUUAUGCCCCCUAUUGGUUUUCCUGUGUUCAGUUGUGUGGUUUUUUUUUUGCAAAAAUUCUGCAAGUGUAGAGGACCUAUCAGGGUUUCUAUUCCUAUGACUUACUGGUUGGCAAUCUGUUAAUACUGUAAGGAGAAAUUAUAAGUUGAUGCCUCUGUUUUUGCUUAAUUUGUAGAUGCACCACUUGUGGUACGUCGGAAGGUUAUGCCAUUUGUGUGAGUUGCGUGAAAGGCUGUCACGACGGACACGAUGUAGAGUUCGUUAGGCGUGACAGGUAAGACGUUACAGUAGCGCGAAUGUGUUGUCGAUACCCUUACCCAUUCGCCACUUUAGAAACGAAAAGGGAACUGGAACCGAGAUGUGUCCCGCGAUUGUUUUUGGGAUUGUUACUGGCCCAUUUUUUCCAUGUCACUAGUAACAGUGCCAGAAGUCUAUGCGAAAUUAAAACUCGGCUUCAGUCCCUUCUCAUUUCUAAAGUGGUCAAUCAAGUUAAAGUUGUCUUUUCACGUCACAGGUCUUGAUCAAUUUAGGUAAACUACCCAUCUACCCCUCCCCUAUGUCAAAAUGUAGGCUUAGGGGAGGGGUAAAUGGGCCAUUUCCCAGAAACCUAAAUUAAUCAGCAAACUUUUCUUUUCCUUCAGAUUUUUCUGCGACUGCGGAGCUGGAUCCAGCGGUGUGCUGUGUAAGUUAAUCAGCGGAAAGUGCUUUUCAGUGGCAUCCUCUCGAACGCAAACAGUACGAGUGGCCAGCGGUGGUCAUACUGAAACGCAGGCGCAAGAGGAGAGUAGAAACCACUCCCUUUGUACUUCGUGACGUAAUACUGGACGCAGAUUAGAAUUUUAAAGAAAGUAAACGACUUAAAAAACUAAAAAACAAAGUAAGGUUUAAGUUAUUGGAAGAACAUGCAUACGUAAUAAAUAUAUCGUCCGUUCGCUUUCUUCGUACUUCGUACCCUUUCAUCCAUGACGCUCUGUUACCCUGCGCUAGGAAAUAAAUGUGCGCCUUCUUUCUUGCGCCCAUUUAUUUCCUAGUGCCUACUGCGAAGGCUAAUGCUCUGUCAGCUGACAGCAAAAAUGUUUUAAUUACCAUUAUUUGCUCGGUGUUAUUUAUUUUAACAUAGUACAUUCUUACACAGUCUGUAUACUACUCUAUUCAUGACUCACUUGAACGCGCUUUUACUGUAGAGUGUCAAUGCAGGGUAGUUUGGAGAGAGAGGGAGCUUAGGCGGAUCAAUUAAGGUAUCUGGGAAACUACCCACCUACCCCUCCCCUAAGCUAACAUUAGCACUUACUCCUCACUUUAGGCGAAAUGAUGGCUUAGGGGAUGGGUAGGUGGGCAGUUUCCCAGAAACCUAGAUCCGCUUAGGCAAGAUAGGAAGCUUAAGACGUUUUUGAGUGACGCGCGUCAACCGGAAUUGAGGCCUUCUUCCUUUUAAGGUAUCUUGACAUUACCAUAUUUGUAUUGCUAAGUGUAGACACGAUUUGCCCGAAAAUCUGGGAAAACCAUUACCCAAGAAUGCGAAAAGCGCAAUUCCGGUUGACGUGCGUCAACCAAAAGAGUUUUUGCUCAAGUCCCCUCGAGCGGUGGCCGUACAGUACAAAAAUCGAUUGCUUUCCUUGGUUGCAUUCGUUGAUUGAGCAAUCUUUUGCAUUACAAUAAAAUGCACCACAGGAAAGUACCGCUCAGUAGUUGUCAUUUGAAUGGUCACACCAUAGGAUUUGUGAGGAAAGAACUGCUCAGUAGCUUUCAUUUGAAUGGUCACACUUUAGGAUUCCGUGCACAGACUCAAAAAUUAUAACCAGUUUUUUUAUCCAAUUUGUUGAUUCCGUCCACAGACCCUAACGUCAUAGCGGCCAUUUGUUUUUCAGCAUAAGAAAAUGAUAGAUUUCAACUUGGCGAUUUCAUUGCUCGACUAGAAGAAUGG